AAGAAUCCCACUUACGGCACCCGACAGAACAAAUACGUGACAGAAAAAUACAGCAACAAUCCCACCUACCGAAGCCGCCAGAAAAUGUACAUUAACGUAAGAUACACAGAUCCCGAAUUCAGAGCCGGGCAGAAAACACUCAUGAGUAAAUAUAUGAGGGAAAAGUAUCAUACCAACUUAGCGUUUUGGGUUCAACAUAUUAAAAAAUGUGCCAUCAACAAAAAGCUAAGGCUGUCAAAGGAAGCGCUUUCCAAAGAUUGGACAAUGCGGUGUGCUCUGCGAAUUCGUAGGAAAUACAGGAGGAACUUUGGCCACCACCAGGAAGCUCCAAAGCCUCAGAUCAGCCCAGAAAUGAACGCAGCAAUAAAGAAAUUCCAGGACAAAAUUCGCCAUGGACCCACAAACGUCUGCACGGUGUGCCACAGAGCUCUCUUCCCAGGACAAGUGAAACAUUGUAACAGGGGGAAGUAUAAAAAGAAGAUGAAAGUGGUGGCUGAGUGCUUAACGGGUACUUAUGUACACGUCUGUGGAUCUGCAUGCUCUGCCCCAUGUUCUGUACCUGAGGAGAGGAUGCAGGAAUGGAUCUGCUUCACAUGUGACAACCACCUAUUUAGAGGAGGGAUGCCACCAAUCACCGCUGCAAAUGGCUUGCAUCUGUCACCCAUUCCCCCGGAGCUUGCUGGGCUGAAUGUGCUGGAAAGGCAGCUAAUAUCCAAAAUUAUCCCAUUUGCAAAGAUCGUUUCUUUGCCAAAAGGACAGCAAAAAGCAGUACAUGGAGCUGUUGUAUGUGUUCCUUCUGACAUGGAAACAACUGUCAACAGUCUCCCACGGCCCAGCACAGAAGCCCAGCUCUUCCAGGUCAAGCUGAAGAGAAAAAUAAAAUUCAAAGGACAUCAGUACUUCUACACCAUCAACAUGAAGAAUGUGCUGGUUGGUCUGGCCACACUUAAACGGACCCAUCCCGAUUACAGGGAUGUUACUGUAAACGAAAGUGCUGCCUUUGAUUUUCAAGAGGAUGAGCCAACCGAGGAGUCUAUCCCUGAAUCUGACCAUGAUUCGGAUGUGGCAACGGAACAACAACCUGAGCACAUAGGGGAAGAGCAUCAGGCUCUUCGGCCUGGUUUAGUCUUGGACACCUGUAUGCAGCCCCCCGACCUGGCACAGGAAGUCCUUUCUUAUGGAGAUGGUAUUUUCAGCAUCGCUCCUGCCCAGGGAAACAAACCUGUUUCCUUCUUCGGUGUUCCCAGGCUUGAAUCCAUGGCUUACCCUGUGCAAUUCCCCACUGGAAGAAACACCUUGGAUGAAGCCAGGCGAGUCAAGCUGUCUCCGAGUAUGUAUUUCAAUGUACGUCUUUUCUCGGUAGACACUAGGUUUGCGGCAGACCAGAGCUAUCUUUUCUUUGCUCAGUUUGUCACUGAGACCCACAUGGCCAACAACAGCAUGUCUAUCCAAACACGGAAAGGGAAACCGACGACCAAAGAUGGACGGAACAUUUCCAGUAAAAUGCUCCAGGAUAAAGAAGAGGUGGAAACGCUAAUCCAGAAUAAAGAGGCCACUCGUUUCAUGCAACCGUUACGAGGCACUCCAGCUUAUUGGGAAAAAGGCCUCCGUGAUUUGCAUGCCAUGGUUCGGCAGCUUGGAAAACCUACCUUCUUUGUGACCUUCUCCGCGGCUGAAAUGAGAUGGCCAGAGUUCAUUGAGGCCAUCAAAGCUCAGCAUGGAGAACAGGUAGCGUUUUCAGAUCUUGACUGGAAUGCAAAGUGCGAUAUUCUUAGAAGCAAUCCGGUCACUGUCAUGUGCAUGUUUGAGAAGAGAGUGGACGCGCUUUUCACAGACCUCAUUCUUUCCCCAGCACAGCCUCUUGGACCUGUUGAGGAUUACUUUUAUCAUGUGGAGUUUCAGGCAAGGGGUUCACCUCAUAUACAUGCAGUGAUCUGGAUUAAGGAUGCACCCGAGAUGGAAGACCCGGCAUGUUGCGAUGGAGUCAUAAAUUUCAUCGACCGCUACAUUUGCUGUCAACUGCCCGAUGAAACCGCAGACCCCGAGCUCCAUAAAAUUGUCAAGGAGGUUCAGAUGCACAGCAGAAAGCAUUCGAAAUCGUGCAAGAAAGGAAACGUCGAAUGCCGAUUUGGAUUCCCCAAACUACCGAUGGAAAGAACCACGAUCACUGUCCCUCAGUUCGAUUUGGAUUUGGAAGAUGACGAGAAAAAAGCUGAGCAAGUAAAGGAAAAGAAAGGUCGGAAGAAGUCCAAAAAAUCCAGAUCCAGAAUCAUCUCUACACUACAAACGGUGGCUAAGAAGAAGCUGAAGCCUGUAAGGGAUUUACUUAUGGACGAAAAAUCAUCUUUCAAGGAUUUGUCGGAGCUACUCCAGGCUUGUAACAUGACCAGGCAGGAAUACAGGUACUAUGUUGACGCUCUCACUUCUGGGAUGGUGGUAAUGAUGAAGCGGGACCCCAGGGACGCUUGGGUAAACGGUUACAACCCAGUUCUCCUCCGUGCGUGGAAUGCCAACAUGGACAUUCAGUAUGUGCUUGAUGAGUACAGCUGCAUCGAGUACAUGAUGUCCUACAUAGCCAAGCCAGAGCAUGAAAUGGCACAGUACCUCAAGUCUGUCGUUGAGGAUCUGAAGAAGUCCAAUGUCAACCAGCAGGAUGAGAUGAAGAAGAUCAUGCAGGCUUAUUCAAAACGAGAGGUCAGUGCUCAGGAGUCUGUAGCACGCACCUGCAGUCUACCUCUUAAGAAGUCGUCACGUAGUGUCAUUUUCAUUCAAACGGGUGAAGACGCUGUGAAAAUGAGUCUUCCAAUGAGCAGACUCAUGAACAUGGGCCCAGAUGAGGAGGAUAUCUGGAUGAAAGGAUUGCCAGACAAAUACGUCAAAAGACCUCAAAAUGUGGAAUUUGAAGACAUGUGUUUGGCUGUAUUUGUCUCUGAAUACAGGGUCCUGUAUGGUAGGCAAAUUGAAGGACCCAAUGCAAUCCCUCUCUUAAACGAAGCCGGAUACAUCCAGAAGAGAACAGUGGGGAAGCCAGCCGUCAUUAGAUUCACUCGUUUCUCCGAAAAGAAACAGCCGGAAAAAUUUUACAGGCGGCUCCUGAAGUUGUACUUGCCACACAGGAGCGACGAGGAUCUCAAAAGUCAGGAACACCCAUCUUAUGAAACCUUCUACAACAAUGGACGUCACCGUAGGUGGAGUGUCAAACAAUGGGUAGACUUUAAUCGGAAGAGGUAUGAAGGACAAGGGAAAAAAAUCGACAAGAUCAUGGAGAAAAUGAAAAAGCAAGGACCAGUUCGGAAUGCUUGGAACACUUUUGCGCCCGAGGUUGAAGUCGAGCGUUUGGAAUGUGUUGCGCAGCGGCCAGUGGUGGAACAAGACGAAGAGCAGGACCCGGUUCCCGAAUACCAAAUGGAUGUAACCCUGCCGGCGAUUGAAGUACCUAAACUGAGCCCUGACUUUGUGCGACAAAUGUUCCGCAGUUUAAACCAGACUCAGUCAUCCAUAUUCUAUGCCAUUCGUCAUUGGUGCCUGCAGCGUGUCUGGGGUCAGAACCCAGAACCCUUCUUUUACUUCUUGACGGGAGGAGCCGGGUGUGGUAAAUCGCAUGUCAUCAAAUGCGUUUACCAGGAGGCAACUAAGCUUUUGCGUCAGCUUCCUAGAUUGCGGGAUGUCGGUGACAUGUCUCAGCCCACUGUGCUCCUCACCGCUUUCACUGGGACUGCGGCGUACAACAUUUCAGGCAAGACUUUGCAUUCCAUCUUGAAGCUCCCCAAAAGCUUGAAGCCACCUUAUAAGGGACUUGGAAAUGCCCUGGAUGAGGUCAGAGCAGUUCUUUCCAAUGUGGAGAUCUUGAUUAUUGAUGAAAUCUCCAUGGUUUCUAAAGAACUAUUGGCAUAUGUUCACUGGAGAUUUCAGCAGAUCAAAGGGAACACAAGGCCGUUUGGUGGGGUCUGUGUUCUUGCGGUGGGAGACUUUCACCAACUGCCCCCCUUGGGAGCUUCAAGACCUCUUUGUGUCAUGGAGGAUGGUGUACUUGAUCUCUGGAAUGAGAAUUUCUGCCUAGUAAGUCUAACCGAAAUCAUGCGGCAGAAGGAUGACAAAGUCUUUGCUGAGCUGCUUAACCGGCUUCGCGUCAAAAGGAAAGCUGAUGAUCUCAGUGAAGAGGACAGAGCUUUGCUGACGCGGUGUGUUGCAGAUCCCAAGGAUUGUCCCUUGGAUGUGUUGCACAUAUUUGCAACCAACAAACAGGUGGACGCACACAACGCUGCGGUGGUUGCCUCUUUAGGUACAGCGAUUGUGGACGUUCACGCAGAGGACUACAGGAGAGAAACCAAAACAGGAAACAUGGUUAGUUUGGGCAGUUGCGUUAGGGGCAAAAGUCGAGAUUUGCGCGACCACAUACAAGUUGGAUUGGGUAUUAGAGUUAUGAUAACGAGGAACCUGGAUGUAGAGGAUGGCCUGGUGAAUGGAACCUUUGGAACAAUAGCCGACAUCGUUACGGACACCAUAGACGGAACGGUAACUGUGAAACUGAUCGGACUGAGACUGGACAAUUCCACGGCUGGACGGACCAAAAGGAUGCGUGGUAAACCGGACGACUUGGUAUACGUUGAGAGAUUCGAGGAGCAAAGUAGCAUAAAAGGAGUGGUGCGACGGCAGUUUCCACUUAAAUUGGCCUUUGGGUGUACGGCACACAAAGUACAGGGGAUGACCAUGCAGUCGGCAGUUGUUUCUUUAAAACGUAUCUUUGAACCUGGCAUGGCAUAUGUGGCAUUAAGCCAUACCACUUCUUUGGAAGGGCUUAAAAUCAUCGACUUUGAUGAGAAGAAGAUCUACGCUGAUGAAAGUAUCACAGCAGCUAUGGAUACGAUGAGGCGAGCAUCGUUCUUGAACACCAGCCCCCUGCUGCAUUUCCCAUCAAGUCCUCAGCACACUACAUUGAAAAUCGUCCACCACAAUGUCGAAGGUCUUGUGUGUCACUAUGAGGACAUGAAGCACCAUCAUGAACUGGGAUUGGCCGAUAUUCUGUGUCUUACGGAAAGUCAUUUGUUUGGAUCUUCUUGUCCAGCUUCUUUGCAUAUGGAGGGUUAUUGUUUGUUUGCGCGCAACAGACAUGUCUCCUACUCUAGCAGAGCUGACAUUGCUACCAAGGAAGGGGGGGAGUAGCAACUUACUGCAGGAGCAUUCUCCAACCUGAGGAACGGAGAUACUUUCACAAUGUUACAGAUCUUGAGUACAAUGUGAUUAGAUUGGACGCUCCGAUAUCCGUCCUUGUUGCUACAGUUUACAGGCCACCCAGUUAUGAUCUUGCCAGCUUCCUGAAAAACAUUCACAGCUUCUUAGAUGGUCUUAAUUCUUUUGAUAUUCAGCCGGUUGUUGUAUUGGGAGACUUCAAUGAGGAUCUUCUCUCUCCGGGAAGAAAAGCAAUCAAGGAGUUGUUUGAAAUCAAAGGGUUCACCCAGCUCAUCUUGGAUCCAACAACGGAAAAGCGCACCCUGAUUGAUCACAUUUACAUAUCUCGCCCAGAAUAUUGUGUCCAGUCAGGUGUGUUGCAGACGUAUUACAGUUACCACAACCCGGUAUACUGUAUUUUGUCUUCUUUCUCAGCUGCUGCCUCUCCUUGACUUUGUGAAGUGGAAAAUGUGAUUGGGCAGGACUAUGUUGCUUUGUUCUUGAUUUAAUAGUCCCCAAUCACAUAGCACAGUUGACUGUUAAGGCCCUCUUAAUAGUUUGAGUCUAACCAUGAGCCUGCACUUGUGCAACUUUUUGCUGAGCAAUGACUGCUCUCAAUAUGUUUUAUGGCACAAUUUGUUUCUCUUUCUUAGCAGUGCUCCCAUUAGACUUUCCUUUGGUGGUUGUUGUUGUUGUUGUUGAUGAGCCACUACUUGUACAGAGCUAUACAGAGCACUGUGUUCCAGAAUGGCCAUUUUCCGCUCCGUUUAUUAUCUGGGAAUGUGUAUUUAUUUCUCAUCUCCGGAGUCUUCUCAUCUUAUGUCUGCUGCAGAAUCUUCUCCUAUCUCUGCUGCAGACUUUUCUCCUAUCUCUGCUGCAGACUUUUCUUCUAUCUCUGCUGCAGACUUUUCUCCUCAUCUCUGCUGCCGAUUUCUCUCCUAUCUCCUGCAAACUUUUCCCCUUCAUCUCUGCUGCAGACUUUUCUC